CCACAAUUCAAGCAACCUAAUUAGAGUAAAAAUUCAAGCAACCUAAUUCAAGCAGCCCAAAUUUAGCAAAAAUAACGCUUCAAAAGUCAAAGCCUUUCAUUCACCUAAUCCAAGGCUCUCUUCCGUUCAAUUUCAAUUAGAGUAAAAUGACGGGAUCAAUUAAUUAUUUUCUCACAACCCAAAAUUCCAAAUCCUCUUCACAGUCUAAUUUCCUGUUACUCCCUUAAUUUACGCGAACAGAUCAGAUCCAAAACCAACUUGAAAUUCAAAAACUUUAAACACAAACUGAAAAUCAGAGAUGCAAAUCUUAAAUUUACACACAGAAGAUAUAUCUUCCGCGAUCUUCUCUCUGUCUGUGGGGAUUGAACAAAAUCAAAAAUAAAAAUCAAUCAUCAAGAGCGGGGAAGAAGCUACAAUUGCACAGGGGGUAGCGGAAGAAAAAUUCCCCGCUACAGGCUCUUAUGUGUUCCGGUGGGUUUUCUCCUCGGACGCUUAUGAAGAGUCUGAACCUCAUGCCGAAUCCGAGGAAGAAGCUCCAAUUGCAGAGGCAGCCGGCGACCAGGAUUUUAUCCAGAUCCUUUUUAUUAUAUAGGAAAGAAACAGCUGGCAAAAUAAAGGGAAAUCCUGCGACGGGGAUAAACAACUGAGACGGAACAAGAAGUUUAAAGCGGAAAAGGGUAACGACAAUAUGUGAUUUCGAAUUUUUAUUAUGGUUCUGUUCUGCCGAGGUCAAAGAACUUUUUUACCAAUUUUAUUGCUGAGUUGGCUUCUGAAACCGCAGCCGCCAUGACUGCCAACCAUCCUGAAUAUACUUGUUUGGCUGCAAGGUUUGCUGUUUUAAAUCUCAACAAGAACACACAGAAACCGUUUUCUGAAACGGUCAAGGAUUUGUAUAGCCAUGUCAAUGAGAGGUCAGGGUUGAAAGCUCCUCUUAUUGCUGAUGAUGUUUACGAGAUAAUCAUGAAGCAAGCUUCACGUCUAGAUAGUGAGCUAAUCUAUGAUCGGGACUUCGACUAUAAUUACUUUGGCUUCAAGACACUUGAGUUUCCUCCGAUCGCUACUCUUAUCUUUGGUCGAAGUAGAAAUCCCGUUCAAGGAGAUAAGCGAUGGGUGGAGUUAUGGCCGAAGAUUAGCGGUUUUUGGAGUUAGAUCCUAGAGGAGGCGGUAUGUGUAAGUAAGGUUUGGUGGCUGAUUCUCCGCUCAUUUUUUUUUUUUUUUUGAUUAAUGACUUAUAGUUUUCUUGAUUAAUUUCACCGAGGGGAAAAAUUCAGUUUCCAAGUAACUUCUUAGUUAUUCUUGAAAUCAAGUGUUGUUUUCUUUUCUUUUUUUUCUUUUCAAAAUAAACGAAGUGUUGUUUGGUUAAGAAUUCAAAUAAAUCAGAAGUAAAAAUAGAAGAAUCUAAAUGUACAAAUGAAGCCAUUCUUCAGUUUCAGCUUGCAUUAGUCUUUUUGUGAAGAUACUUUCUGCUUCAUUUUAACUUGUAUCAGUUUCAUUUUUGAAAAAGUAGGAUAUUUCCUUUAAAUUGUUAAAGUUUGGUUCGGGACUUGAAGCUAAAGGUAUCAUCCAUCCGAAAGUCUGCUAGCUACUUUUCAACCUUAGUUUGGUGAUAUAAUGUCCUUUUCAACCUUAAUUUGUUGUAAAUGUUCUCUUGAUACGGGAUACAUUGUUAACACUUGCAGUCAGAGCUUUCUUGCUAUUUCCAAAAGCAUGAAUGGCCUAUCAAAUGGCUAUUAUUCUUUUCUGAAAUGGAGACAAAUUGGAUCAGUGCUACCAACUUAAUUGAUCAUCUGCAGAUACACCAAUCCUACGUAUUUCAGGUACCCCUUUUUUGUGGUAUGAUUACUAAUGAUCUUAAUUAAGUUCAUUAAUUGUGUUGAAAAUUGUAGCAUUGUUGGUGUUGCAUCUGAAAUAAGUUUAUAUCUAUUCUUGGAGCACAUUUGAUUUUUUUUUUUUUUAAGAUUGUUUCUUCUAACAAUCUUUAAUUGUAUUAGAUGAGAAAUAAAUUGGUAAAAAUACAAUGUGUUGAGUUGGAAAAAGAAGUACAAAUUUGGCAGUACGUACCAUAAAUUUUUGAUGACCUUUAUGAGCGGGUGUUGUACUUGGGCAUUUUACUUAAAAAUCUUCAUGACAGUUUCAUUUCAUUAGCAGACAGGGGACCCAUUAUAAGGUGAUGAAAAAUAUGAUAGAUGAAGUAAUAAUCCUUUUUUUGAAGCUUUGGAAAUAGCCAGGAAUGAAUAAGGAACCAGGACACUGAUCUUUAACUAAUAAAGUAUACUAAUAGUCUGUUUUCCUUCCUAAAGCCUCACGGCAAUACCUCAAUAUGUCGAAGUGAGGAUUGUUAGCGGGUAACAAGUUCAUGAUUUUUUUUGGGUUUUCCCGUGAGCGUAAUGGUGAAUUGUGCCGACAACACUGGGUAACAGAACCUCUACAUUAUUUCGGUGAAGGGAAUCAAUGGCUGGCUCAACAGCCUCCAGAAGAGCAAUUUUUAGCAUUUUCAAUAAUUUGAAACAUCACUUAUAUAUAUGUAUGAUCUUCAAAAUAUAUAUAAUUUUUUUAUGAUUUAAAUGUAUCAUCUGUAUAUGUAGCCGACGCUCUGGGUUGAGAAUUUUAUAUAAUGUUAUUAUAGUAUAUAUUAUAAUAAAUUUAUUGUAUUAAUGUCGAAUGAUUUGUUAUUUUCAUUUAACCGACAUGAACACAAACGCUGUCCGGG